AUGAGCAUCGCCUUGGAUUCUCCCAUGGAGGCGAUUGCCAUCCACGGUGUUCUCACCGCCGUUAACAAUGUAUGGGCAUGGAUAGCCUUUCUUACCGCAGCUAUUAGCUUCUGGAAGAUCAAAUCCUCCAUCCAUCUCUCAACUCAUCAUCUUUUCCUACAAUUAUCACCACCACCACCACCACCAUCUCCGCCUCUACCCAAAACUUCCCCGGUGGCUGCUCAGCCUGAUCAAUCGGAGCUGCCUUCCACUAGCGCGAGAUCUCCUUCCUCAACCUCAAAGAGACACACCACAUUUUGUAAGUUAGAGAAUAGGAAAAGCGGCAAGUUUAGCGUGUACUACUCACAAGAUGACAAGACAAAAGGAGAUAAGAUUGAUGGCGAAUUCGAAGAAGACAUUGAUAGUGACAGAAAGAUGAGUUCUAUUACGCGAAAUGGUGAAGAAGAGGUGAGAAAGAUGAGUUCAGUUAGGUGUAAUCAUGGAGAAGAUGGAUGGGAAAUGUUAUUGAAGAUAAAGACGGCGGAGAUGGGGUGGUACGUUAACCAGGAUUUAACGGUGUUAAACGGUAAUGUAGUUCGAUUAUGGAAUUGA